AUGUCCCAACCCUCGCCCGACACCUCACGUCCCACCAAUGCACCACACCCGUUCGACCUGCCAUCGGGGGACCUCAUCCUCCGCACUGCGGACCUCGUCGACUUCCGUGUGCACACCCUCUUUCUCUCCAUGGCAUCCCCGUUCUUCGCCACGAUGCUCGCGCUCCCCCAACCAACCUCCGCUAGCACCACCCCUUCCGCGCUCCCCGCCGGCGCGGAAACGCAAACGACGCCUGUCGUGCCGGUCUCCGAGGACAGCGCGACGCUCGAGCUGCUCCUGCGCCUCGUGUACCCCAUCUCGAAGCCGCGCGCGAAGAUGGAAGACCCGCACAUGAUCGUGCCCGCGCUGCAGGCCGCAGCGAAGUACGAGAUGGAGUUGCCCGUCGACAUCCUGUCCGAACGGCUCAUCGCCAUCGUCCCAAAGAGCCCACUGCAAGUGUGGGCGGCCGCGUGUCGCACCGGGCUCGAGGAUGUAGCGCGCCAGGCGGCG